AUGCCAUCAUCAUCAAAUAAACGAGUUAAACGAAUACAGAAUGAAAGUAUACUUACUAAUGGUUCAAAGAAAUCUAAAUUAGAUUAUUCAAUAUUAAAACCGUCUCAAACCUUAUAUAUUAAAAAUUUAAAUAAUAAAAUCAAUAAACAAUUAUUGAAAGAGAAUUUAUAUUUAUUGUUUAUUAAUUUUGGUGAUUUAAUUGAUGUUAAACUAUAUAAUGGUUUUGCUUUUAUAAUUUAUUCAAAUGUUGAUUCUAGUAUACUUGCGAUGAAGUCAUUACAAAAUGAAGAAUUUUUCAGUAAGAAAUUAAUUAUAAAUUAUGCUACUAAAGAAAGUAAAAUUAUAACUUAUGCUAAAAAGACUAAUGAUGAGACUAAUGAUGAUGAAGACGAUGAUGAUGAUGCUAUGCCUACUUACGAAUAA